UCGAUGUUACGCAUUAAAGUUGAAUCAGCUGUGCGUUGAGCGUGGUGUGGUGGCGGGAGAACAAAGAUAUUUUUCACUAAAAACUUCGCCUUAUCCAUAUUUUCGGCUAUCGACAUGGAACACAACUUGCACAAUGGCGAUACGGCCGGUAAGGAUGAGGUGAAAUCACCAUUUCUUAUUGGCGUUGCCGGAGGCACAGCAAGCGGCAAGUCAACAGUGUGCAAGAAGAUUAUGGAACAGCUUGGACAGGCUGAAAUGGAUCACACGCAACGUCAGGUGGUGGCCAUAAGCCAGGACAGUUUCUAUCGCGAGCUAACGGCAGCCGAGAAGCUUAAGGCGCAGAAGGGACUCUUCAACUUUGACCAUCCUGAUGCGUUUAACGAAGAGCUCAUGUUCGACACGCUGCAGUUGAUACUAAAAGGUCACAAGGUCAAGAUACCCAGUUAUGACUAUCGCACAAAUUCGCUGGAUUUUGAGAAUAUGCUGGUCAUUUAUCCAGCGGACGUGGUGCUCUUCGAGGGCAUCUUGGUCUUCUAUUUCCCCAAGAUACGCGACCUAUUCCACAUGAAACUGUUUGUGGACACUGACUCCGAUACGCGUCUCGCUCGUCGUGUGCCGCGUGAUAUCAAUGAGCGUGGCAGAGAUUUGGAUGCAGUUCUCACGCAGUAUAUGACAUUUGUGAAGCCAGCCUUUGAAGAGUUCUGUUCACCUACCAAGAAGUUUGCUGAUGUUAUCAUACCUCGUGGUGCGGACAACACAGUUGCCAUUGAUCUCAUUGUACACCAUAUCGGAGAAAUUCUCGCGGCCACCAACAUCGCACAGCACAACAACACAGUCCGAACUGCGGCCUCCAGCAUGAAGCGCGAUCACUAAAAAAAAUCGAAAAAUUCAAUCAAACGAUGUGUGAAUACGAUAAAAACAACUUUAUCAAGUGACUUCACACAAAGAAUAUAAUUUCUUGCUGCUGCUAACAAUGCUUGCAUUGUGAUCCUAUCGCAACUAACCGAUUGAUUAAUUUAGUUUCUAAGAUCGAUUAGUAUGUAUCCUAUAUAAUACAUACACAUUUAUUGUAAGCUUGUUUUAACGUUAACGAACUUAUCGACUUGUUAGUCGCGUUUAAUUCGGGCUUCUCCUAACAAAGUUAAACUGGAAUCAUUUUGUUUAAUGUACGAAAUAAAUACAUACAAUAUUAUUAGUUUAAUUCUAACUUCCUGCCCCAAAUUGUUAACGACUUUGUUGGAGCACUAAUCGGUCGAUUACACAAAUAGUAUCUACAAUAUUCACAAGGACACUCGUCAUAUCCUAACUUAUGUACAUGUUUAACUGUCAAAACCACCAAACACAAUAACACAUACUAUAGUUGUUAAAACUUAACGCUAAAUCCAAAAACAA